UCCCAGGGCUGCAGGGGAGGGUGCAGGGCAGCCAGGAGGGUCCUCCAAAGAAGACCCCACUGGGUGCCUGGCUCCUGAGAGAGAGAGAAGGGAGCCUGGGAAGCUCCGCUUUGCAAGGGUUCAAAGGAACAGCGCAGAAGGCCAACCACGAGAGCCAUGGAGUCGUCAUUAUUAGGGACCCCCAAAGUCAUCUAGCCCAACCCCUGGGACUCGAACCCAGGACCCUGAGAUCAAAGAGACUCGUGUUCUACCAGCAGAUCUCUCCUGUCUUAUUCGGGUUUAUUUCUGCAAUUCACGUGGCUCCUCCUGGGUUCCUGAGAGAGAGAGAGAAAAUGUGAGCUUGGUUUGCUCCAGCUUGCAAGGGUAAAAAGGAACUGAGAUGCAUUGCUAGAGUGGACAGGAAAUAAAGGGAGCGAGGUCCUCCCGAGCCAAAGCCCCUCCCACUUUCCCAGGUUCCUCCCUGCAAGAGGGGGAAGGUGGCUUUCGUCUCCUCUGCAGGAGCCGCCUCAGUUUCCCUUCAGGGACCUGAAAGAUCAGUCUGAGUUGUGGUACAGUCCAGCCCUGGUUCCUAGAAAGACUCAUCCAUGUUUGCCCAGGGAACAUUCACCCAAUUGUGUAUUCAUUUUUAUCAGAAAAAAUGUAUUUGCUUUUUAGGAUUUGCUAAAACCACACAUUAGGACAGACAUAACUUUCAAUUUCUUGGAGGUGUCCUGAGAACAGAGAUGGAUGAGGAAGACUCGGCUGGCACUGAAGCAGGAAGAGGCCAUUCCAUCCUAACUCAUAGCCAUGGAGGAAUCUGGGGAAAGUCUGUCCAAAGGAUCCUGGGUGAUGAGGACGUCCUCCGCUCAGAUGUGCAGAGCCAGCAGCUCGGGCGGCUUUUCUACCAGGAGGCCAAAGGACCCCGAGAGUUUUGCAACCAACUCUAUCACCUUUGCUGUCGGUGGCUGAAGCCAGAAAGGCACACGAAAGCUGAGAUCCUGGACCUGGUGAUCUUGGAGCAGUUGUUGGCUCUCCUUCCUCCAGAGACAGAGAGCUGGGUGAGGGAAUGUGGAGCACAGACCAGUUCCCAGGCAGUGGCCUUGGCCGAAGGAUUCCUCCUGAGCCAGGCAGAGGAGAGAAAGCAGGCAGAGCAGCAGGGGAAGGAUCUGUUUGCAGAAAUCAGUCUUGAUUCCUCUGAGGUAGACAGAACUCCGUUGGACUCCAGAGAGAGGCCACUGGCAAGACCUGUCUGUCCAUCUUUUCUUGGUGGCGAAGGGGAAGCUGACAUCACGGAACUGGAUCAGGGUCCAGUGUGCUUUGAUGAUGUAGCUGUGUAUUUCACAGACGAGGAGUGGGCGCUGCUGGAUCCUAACCAGAGAGCUCUCCAUAAGGAGGUUAUGGAGGAGAAUUGUGGGAUCUUGGACUCUCUUGUUGCAGGUGGUGAUGAAUUGGAGAUGAAGAAUGAGGGAGACCACGAAAAAAUCCAUACAGUGGGGAAGUCAUAUCCAUAUUCAGAGUGUGGAGAGAACUUCAGUCAGAGCUCCCAUUCCACUUCAAAUCAAAGAAAUCCCAUUGAGAAUAAACCCUAUCAGUGCCCAGACUGUGGAAAGAGCUUUACUCGAAAGGACAGUUUCACUUCCCAUCAGAGAAUACAUACAGGGGGGAAACCCUAUCAGUGCUUGAUAUGUGGAAAGAACUUUGUUCAAAGAGGCCACCUCAUGGCCCAUCAAACAAUUCAUACAGGAGAGAAACCCUAUCGGUGCCAAGAGUGUGGCAAGAGCUUCAGAAAAAAGGACAGUUUAACUACCCAUCAGAGAAUCCAUACAGGGGAAGAACCUUAUCAGUGCUUAGAAUGUGGAAUGAGAUUCAGAGGUAAAAGCCAGCUCACAGUCCAUCAGAGAAGUCAUACAGGGGAGAAACCCUAUCAGUGCCAAGAGUGUGGCAAGAACUUCAGUCACAGCUGCCUGCUCAUUGUCCAUCAAAGAACUCAUACAGGGGAGAAACCCUAUCAGUGCCAAGAGUGUGGAAAGAGCUUCAGUCGAAAGGACAGUUUCACUUCCCAUCAGAGAAUUCAUACAGGGGGGAAACCCUAUCAGUGCUUGGAAUGUGGAAAGAGCUUCGUUCGAAAAGGCCACCUCAUGGCCCAUCAAACAAUUCAUACAGGAGAUAGACCCUAUCAGUGCCAAGAGUGUGGCAAGAGCUUCAGAAAAAAGGGCAGUUUAACUUCCCAUCAGAGAAUUCAUACAGGGGAAAAACCCUAUCAGUGCAUGGAAUGUGGCAAGAGCUUCAUUCGAAGAUGCCACCUCAUGGUCCAUCAAACAAUUCAUACAGGAGAGACACCCCAUCAGUGCUUGGAAUGUGGAAAGAGCUUCAGAAAAAAAGACAGUUUAACUUCCCAUCAGAGAAUUCAUUCAGGGGAAAGACCUUAUCAGUGCUUGGAAUGUGGAAGGGGCUUCAUUGACAGACGCCAGCUCACUGUCCACGAGAGGAUUCAUUCAGGGGAGAAACCCUACCAGUGCUUGCAAUGUGGAAAGAUUUUCACUUGGAAAAUAUGUUUCACUUCCCAUCAGAGAAGUCAUACAGGGGAGAAGCCAUAUCAGUGUUUCGAAUGUGGAAAGAGCUUCGUUCGCAGAGGCCUUCUCAGUGUCCAUAAAAGAAUUCAUACAGGGGAGAAGCCAUAUGAGUGCUUGGAAUGUGGAAAGAAAUUCACCCAGAGGGCCCAUCUCACAACCCAUCACAGAAUUCAUACAGGGGAGAAACCCUAUGAGUGCUUGGAAUGUGGAAAGAGAUUCAUUGAGAAGGCCAAACUCACAAUCCAUCAAAGAAUUCACAGCGAGGGGAAACUAUUUCAGUGCCAAGAAUGUGGAGAGAGCUUCAUACACCAGGCCCAUCUCGUUUCCCAUCAAAGAACUCACAUUGGGGGCAAAUUAUAGUACUGGAGACUUUUUAGGAGACUUUAGUUUGUAUGAGGUAAGGAUUGUAGCUGGGUUCCUUGCCCCAUCUGGUGCCCCAUAGCUAUUCCUAAUACGUACCCAGAACUGUGACUUAUAAGUUCUUGACCCAGGCCUUUAAUGCCUUCUUUACAGUUUCCUUUCUCUUGUCAGAUCAAGAUGAGCAGGUGACAGCAAAGGUUGCAAGGCUUUUAGCUGGGACAAUUAGAAUAAGAUCCACUAUUUGACUAUUGACUCAGAACCCUAAAAUGUGUUUUAUAUAAUGGAUUUUCAUUUUUAUUCUCUGUAUAUCGUAUUGUUGUUUUAUUGGUAUGGCCGGUGGCUGACGCAAAUAAAGAUUUAUUCAUUCAUUGAAUAUUUUCUUCAUGUCAUGCCCUGGGGUGAGGAAUAAGAGUGAUUUGGUGACACUGAUGAGGUUGCUGUCCAUGCUGAGCUUUCCUAGGAAGGAUUUGGUGUGAAAAUUGUGGUAGUUGAAUGAAUAUUAGAUAUUAUAGAUUUUGAUUCUGUUCGAAGUGUCCUAGUAUUUAUUGCAUUUAGCCUUUUCGAUAGAAUGUAUGAGGCUUGAUUUGUGUAUGCCUGCAUUUUGUAAUCCGCAUGCCACCCUCCUGCAUUGUGUAAAGCUGUGAUGUGUACAUUGCCUACCACUUCCAGCCUUAUCUGACCCUAGAAGGGCAGGUGAUGUUUUGGGAAAGAGGGAGGAGUUGAGCAACCACCAGGGUUAUAUUGUGACAUCUAAAGGACACUAGACAAAUAAAGUUUAUUUGAUAUACAGCGGAACCUUGUUUUUUUAGUGUCUUCGAAGCUGAACGUUUCGGUUUUCGAAUACUGCAAACUGGGAAGUAAUUGCCUCCGUUUUCGAAUGCACUUCAGAUGUCGAACAUCUUCCACUGCAUGUUUUUCAAUUUUUUUCCUUUGCACCUCAGUUUUUCAAAUGUCUUCUGUAACGGAUUAUAGUUCUACAUGGUGAUACCAAUAGUUAUACGUAAGUUUAUCUAGAGGUUCCACAUAUCACAAGAAGGGUUGUCUUUGCCUAUAGCAUUUUGUCAUAGUGAGAAAUGAAGGACGAAGAGGAUAAAUCAAUAAUGAUUAGAUGGGCACAAGACUUUGGACAUAAUCUACAAUUUGACGACUGGGAAAAGCUAUGGAAAGUAAUAUUGAAAUUUACACAUUGUUCUUUGUUGAAGGAAAAAUAUAUGAAAAUGAUGUAUAGAUGGUAUAUUACACCAGUCCAAAAAUGUAUAAAACUGGGAACAAGAUGUGUUGGAAAUGUAAAGAAAAAGAAGGGACUUUUUACCAUAUGUGAUAGGAAUGUAAGAGAAGUUAAAAAAUAUUGGGAAAUGAUGUGUAAUGAAUUGAAAAAAAUGUUUAAAAGGACUUUUGUUAAAAAGCCGGAAGCCUUUUUAUUAGGGAUUUUAGGACAACACAUACCAAAGAAGACUAAGAAUUUAUUUAUGUAUGCUACAACUGCGGCAAGAAUUUUGCUAGCACAAUAAUGGAAGAAAGAAGAAAUACUAAUGAAGGAACAAUGGCAAGAAAAAUUGAUGAGCUAUGUGGAACUGGCAAAAUUAACAUACAAACUUUGUUAAAAGGACAAUCGAGACUUUAAGCAAGAAUGGGAACUUUUUACAAGUUAUCUGAAGAAACAACAAAGAGACUUAGACUCACUGGCAGGAUUUGAAUAAACAUACUGUACACAAAUUGUAUUAGUAUAAUAUAAACUUGAACAUUAUAAAAAUAACAGUUACAAUUGUAAAACAUGCAGAAACAAUAUAGAUCUAUAAAACAGUUAUGGGAGCUGGGGGAAGUCCUGGGG